AUGACCAUUGGAGAAUUUGAUGAAAAAGCUGAGGUCAUUUCUGAAGUGGCUGGAAAUCUGGAGAACAGUGAGGAAGUUGUUGAGGAGGAAGAAAGUUGGAGAGAAGAAGGAGGUAGUGGAUCUGGUGAUGCUAGUGCAAUUGAUGGGCUGGUUAGGUUGAGGAAGAGGUUCCAAGAACUUGUUCCAUCUGUGAAGGAACCCCUCGAAGAGUUAUUGAAAAAGGUGUCUGAUAGUUACAAUCCAAAGAAAAAGAAAAGUUCAGGAGUUAAAAUCCCUGGAACUGCUAGGGCACACAAGAAGAGAAAGACUGCCUCUUCUAUCCCUGUAGAGACUCCUCCUACAAGAGGAAGCGCUACAAGGAGUCAGAAGAAGUCGAGUGAGGCUGAACUUGAAAGAGCCUUAGAAAAGAGUAAAAGAAAAGCCGAUGCAAAGGGAAAGAAGAAAGUAAGUGAGCAUGUUGAGGCAAUUGAGAUUGAGGGGAUGGACCUAGUUCUUCAUGAUGAAGAUGGGGCAGAGGAGGUGGAAGUUAUGACUCCAAAGGCAAAGAAAAGAAAGACUUCCAAAAAGAAGUCUCCUUCAAAGACUGUUGAUGUAAAGCUCUCUACCUUGGCAAAAAGAACCAGGUCUGCCGUGAAAUCUAGGAAAGUGCAAGUAGUGAAAGAGGAAGAAAGUGAAGAAGAGGAGGAAGCUGAUGAGGAACGGGAAAAAAUGGUGAAUUUUGGCAAGCGAACAAUCUUAAAAGGUAGACUCCUCAAGCAUUUGGAGGAGGAAGGAAUGGCGAUGCUGAUAGAGAAGAUAGAACUUCAGGGUUGGAAGGACAUGGUCCUUCAGGUGGAAGGAAGACUAGAAUUCAAAAAGUUCAGAGAAUUCUCUCUGCGGCCGCAGAAUUAA